CUUGGGAGUGACUCAGCGGCUCUCGCUGCCCUGCUGACCUCUGCAGUGCAAGGAGGUGGCUCGUCAGGGCGCUUCUUUUCCUUCCUCCUCCUCCUCCUCCGUUUUCUUCCCAGGAGGCGGCCACGGCAAGAACAACAACACGCGCUAAACAAGAGGCGCCAACGUCUCUCUGCGACUCGCGGCGCCACUUGCCAGCCCUCCAGCCAGCCUUUUGCCUGCGCGGCUGACCCCGACGAUGGAAGCCGCUGUCAAAUACUCCUGGUUUACGGAGGAAGACUCCCAGUUCCGCGCGUGGACCUUGAGGAGGGGCUACGACGUGCUUCGCGACCCGCACCUAAAUAAGGGCCUAGCUUUCACGUUGGAAGAGAGGCAACAGCUGAAUAUUCAUGGAUUGUUACCUCCUUGUUUUCUCUGUCAAGACGUUCAGGUGUUAAGAGUUCUUAGAAACUUUGAAAGACAAACAUCUGACCUGGACAGAUACAUUCUGUUAAUGGGUAUUCAGGAUCUAAAUGAAAAACUUUUCUAUAAAGUGCUGACUUCUGACAUAGAGAGAUUUAUGCCUAUUGUUUAUACUCCCACCGUGGGCUUGGCUUGCCAACAAUAUGGUAUAGUAUUUCGAAGGCCAAGGGGCCUUUACAUUACUCCUCAUGACCUAGGACAUGUUGCAACAUUGCUUAGAUCAUGGGCUACACCUGCCAUCAAGGCUAUUGUGGUGACUGAUGGAGAACGUAUUCUUGGCCUCGGAGACCUUGGUUGUUAUGGAAUGGGCAUCCCAGUGGGUAAACUAACACUUUACACAGCAUGCGGAGGACUGAAGCCCCAGGAGUGUCUGCCAGUUAUGCUUGAUGUGGGAACUGACAAUGAGACAUUGCUAAACGAUCCUUUGUAUAUUGGACUGAAACAUAAACGAAUCAGAGGCCAAGCUUAUGACAACCUUCUAGAUGAAUUUAUGCAAGCUGUGGUCAACAGGUAUGGCAGAAACUGCCUCAUUCAGUUUGAGGAUUUUGCCAAUACAAAUGCAUUCCGACUCCUGGAGAAAUAUCGCAACAAAUACUGCACUUUCAAUGAUGACAUUCAAGGAACAGCUUCUGUGGCUGUUGCAGGUCUAUUUGCAGCUCUUCGCAUCACUGGCAACAAACUGUCAGAUCACAAAAUAUUGUUCCAGGGAGCGGGAGAGGCAGCUCUGGGGAUAGCCAGCCUUGCUGCCAUGGCUAUGGAAAAGGAAGGGACACCGAAAGAGGAAGCCAUUAAAAAGAUAUGGAUGGUGGAUUCUAAAGGAUUAAUAGUGAAGGGCCGUGCCUCACUAACUCCUGCCAAGCAACAAUUUGCCCAUCAGCAUGAAGAGAUGAAAAAUCUAGAAGAUAUUGUCAGAAAACUAAAGCCAACUGUACUUAUAGGAGCUGCUGCCAUUGGUGGAGCAUUUACCCACAAUAUCCUCAAGGAUAUGGCGUCCUUCAACAAGCGGCCAAUUAUUUUCGCUCUUAGUAACCCAACAGACAAAGCAGAAUGCUCUGCUGAGGAAUGCUAUAAUCUAACUGAGGGUCGUGCCAUUUUUGCAAGUGGAAGCCCUUUUAAACCUGUCACUCUUCCAGAUGGACGCACAUUUUUUCCUGGACAGGGUAACAAUGUCUAUGUGUUCCCAGGAGUUGCCCUUGGAGUUGUAUCAUGUGGAGUGAGGCAUAUAAGUGACGAAAUUUUCCUCACUACUGCAGAGGUUAUAGCUCAGCAGGUUUCAAAGCAGAAUUUAGAAGAAGGCCGUUUGUAUCCACCUUUAUCUGUGAUUCAAAACGUAUCUCUGAAAAUUGCUGUAAAAAUUGCAGAGGAAGCCUACAGAAACAACACUGCCAGUUUCUACCCUGAGCCAGAAGACAAGGAAGCAUUCAUCCGCUCCCAUCUUUACAACACUGAUUAUGAAAGCUUUCUGGUAGACUCCUACUCCUGGCCCAAACCAGCAGAGAAAAUACGGAGCAUGAUCUUUUAAGAGAAAACUGCACUGCAACAUUCUCGGAAACACAGAUUUGCUAACUGUAUCUCCUUCUAGAACAAUAACCCAGUUUUCUCAAAACUCUGGAUGUAUUUUUUUCUUUUAAAAGGGGCAGGAUAAUUAACGUCAUAGUUCUUUCCCUAUAUGUUAAUUCGGUAAGCUACAAUGCUAUAGAUAAAAAUUAAAUUUCGGGACAGUUUAGGGGUAUUUCUUUUUAAAGGUUAUGCUAUAUUCACUAUUAUGUAGUACUGUUCUUUUCAUAUACUUUAAUAUUUCUAUGACAUUUUGGUUCUGUAUUACAUGUUUGCCAUUUUCAGGUGAAGCAGUAUUACAUCCAAGUGAUAAAACAAUAUAUCAUUGUGAUAACUUAAAA